AGUAAGUACAUCUAAAAUAUAAAGUUGAACUAAAGGGACUAGUAUAAGUGUAAGUAGGCGUAAUUUAAAAUGACUAAAGAGGAAUUGUAUAAUAGCAAUUGUAGCAGAUGAGUAUCCAUAAAGAAAUGGUGAUCUUAUAUAAUAAAAACUACAAAAUACUUUUCCAUAGUUUAAGACGCAACACACAAGCUUACAGUAACAGAUGUUAAGUACAUUAAAAAGUAGUAAUAUUGAAUUUUGGAGGCACAUUUGCGACCAUAAAUUAAGGCAAAGAAAAUGGCAAUGCUUGAAACUGCUAAAAUGACGAUUACAAUAAUCUAUCUUCCUUCCAGCAAAUUUAAAAUGAAGAAUAGGAUGCAUAAUAGCAAAAUGAUUAUUUCUAUAAUCGUAAAGUAUGAUUGUCUGUAUUUAUUCAUUUCCACUUAAUAUAGAUCUUCAUAUUGUUUGUUUUAGAAGUUCAGG